AAAUCCUCAAAAUCUUCUAAAUACUUCAUAGUGCUAAGACAUUUUGGGUGGAAUUAGUAGGUGAUUCAAAGAGUAUCAUGAGUGGAUGUCCAUUUAUGGAAAAACAUCAUGCAAAAACCAGACAUAGGAUAGAGGAAGAGGAACAGGAUGAUGCCCAAAAAGGCAUCAACAAAGCUCUCAAAGGUGGAAUUGUUUAUGGAGACUACCUUCAGUUGGAUAAGAUUGUUAAUGCUCAGACGUUGCAGAGUGAACUGAGAGGAGACAAAAUUCACGAUGAGCACCUGUUUAUUGUGACACAUCAAUCUUAUGAGUUAUGGUUUAAGCAGAUUUUGUGGGAGCUGGAUUCAGUCCGGGAACUUUUCAUACACGAUUAUGUUCGUGACGAGAGAAAUAUGUUGAAAAUUGUGAGCCGCAUCCACAGGAUCACCAUGAUCUUCAAACUGUUGGUGGACCAGUUUGCUGUGCUUGAGACAAUGACAGCGCUGGAUUUCUUUGAUUUCAGGGAAUACUUGUCAUCAGCUUCAGGGUUCCAAAGCCUUCAGUUUCGUGUCCUUGAGAUUAAGAUUGGAGUUUCUGAUAAGCUGAGAGUUCCCUACAAUCGUCGUCACUACAAAGACAAAUUUCAUGGUCAGGACAGUGAGGUCUUGUUCAAUUUAGAACACGAACACACACUGCUGCAGCUUGUGGAGAAAUGGCUUGAGAGAACACCAGGUCUUGAAAGCGAGGGCUUCAACUUCUGGGGGAAACUGCAAGCAAAUAUUGAGGCAGGCUUUAAGAUGGAGAAACAGAAGAUUUUGAUAAUGGCUGAUUCUGAGCAAAAGCAAGACAUGAUGGAGGAUCUCAGUAAACAGAUUGAUGUGUUCACCUCUCUGUUUGAUCCCAAACACCAUGAACAUCUUAUGAGCAAAGGUGAGCGCAGACUCUCUUACAGAGCUCUUCAGGGAGCCCUGAUGAUUUACUUUUACAGAGAGGAGCCACGUUUUCAAGUUCCCUUCCAGCUGCUGACAUAUUUGAUGGAGAUUGAUACACUCAUGACCAAAUGGAGAUAUAAUCACGUCUGCAUGGUGCACAGAAUGAUUGGCAGUAAAGUUGGUACAGGCGGUUCCUCAGGUUAUCAUUACCUACGCUCAACUGUCAGUGACCGGUACAAAGUAUUUGUGGAUUUGUUCAACCUGGCUACAUUUUUAGUGCCACGAUCAUGGGUACCUAAACUGAACUCCGGCAUCUAUAAGUUCCCUUAUACAGCUGAAUGCCACGACAGCUCGUACAGCUCCAGCGGCUCCUGCAGCAGUGAGGAAGACUGAACCCACAAACCUGUACUGUUCAGAUACAUUAAUGCAGACUAUAACAAUCAUUAGUGUCUGCAGGAGAUUUAAUAUUAGGUUAUAUUAUUUAUAAGUUCACCUGUGUAAUCAUGAAAUUAACCUUUAAUAGCACUUUGCUACCAUUAUUAAUGAAAUGUAUUUUAAUAAAUAUGCUGGCAGGUGACUGUUUUGUAAAUAUUAACUUGAGGUAACUGUGUCUCAAUGCUACUAAAUAUAGUGCCAUGUAAAAAUUGUAUAAUAUAGUAUAUAUUUUAGUAGAACUGAUGAUUUUGUACUGCACAUUUAUAAGACUGUGUGUGAGACUAUAAAUAAAGUGUAAAAGUGUAUAAAACUUGAAAUUAUAAAACGGAUAGUUCCGGUCCUAAAAUCUGAUUGGCUGAGCCACAUUCGAAGCCGUUGUAAAAUUCCCGAUAAACGCACACCUAUGACCACCUCACGUCAUUCCAUAUUAAUACGCCACUGAAAAGAAAAAGUGAAUGUUAUGUUCGCCCUCAUGUUACCUAGCAACACUGUUAAUGAACUACCUGGGGUCGUGGAAGAAUGCUUUUUGUAAGUGUUUUUGUAAAUAAAAACAUUUAUAAAUUGAA